AUGUCACUAUCAUCCACUUCAAACUUUGAGGAGGAUGCUUUCUGCUAUUUGAUAUCCAAUCUAAGUCCUCAGACUGACAGAGACACAUUGUGGCGAGUCCUCGGUGCAUUUGGCACUAUCAUACAGCUUGAAAUCAAAUUGGGACAACUGAGCAAAGCAGCCAUUAUAUACAACUCACAGCCAUCCGAGUACCUCUUUACUCAACAGAUCUACAUCCUUGAUCGACUGAUUGUCGUGCAGCCAUUGCCCAUAGCAGAAUACAUUGCUGAUUUCAGUAGAGCAAUACCCGCCAACAAACUGUCGCUUGGUGGACUGGAGACUCCACGCUUAUUCAUUGAAGAGUGGUCAACUGAUCAGUACGUUGCUUUCGACCUCAACUUGAACGAUCAGUACAUUGAUAUAUUCUUCCAGCAUGUGGAUGGCUACUAUCGAUUGCGCAUUAUGUACGAUGACAAUCUGCGAGACAAUGUUAUAUUGCAGAGAUACGACAACAAGACAUCACUUACUUUAAGUGGUAAAUACCCUGCCUACGUCUGGAAAUCAAAGAAGCCAAUGGAGGAACUUGGCGACACAUAUUAUUUAUCAGAUUGGGAGAGGGUGACAGACAUCCCGUUGGACGAAUUCUCUCAAGAUAUGAUCCGUCAAAAGGCAGCUAAAGGUGCGAGUCAGAACAAAGGGCCUAUUUUGCCUGGUGGACAAUACCCAGAUCACAACAUAAAGCUCGGCAUGUGGACCGUGUACCGCUUGCAGUUUGACAUCCCGUUGAGCAGCAAGAAGGAUCCAGCAUCACUCUCGCCCAGCAAUGUGACGCAUGAAGCCAUCGAGUACAAGCUGAGACAAGCCGUGGGUGGGCAUCAACAGCGUUUGACCGAGCAGAUCCUUGUCAGGUCAUCUACCAAAACAAUCGACUUUGAGCGACAAAUUGCAGACAUGGCAUUUGAGGUCCAGUAUAUGAUGGAGCACGCUUUUCGACUCAAGAUACUACGGGAGUAUAAUGUGGAUCUGGACUUUUUCGAAAAAAUGCGAGAACUGCCACCCCAAGUGAGCUGCGUCUUCUUGACACUGUUGUCAGCACCACAACAGCGCGUGUACAAUCCUGACACGGUUAUUAAGUAUAUUUACAGAUUAUGCAAAGACCAAAUUGGCUUUCAAAUACCAAUACCCGACGACUGUGCCUGGACGAGACGUGUGUUGGUGACACCCACGUCCGUGUAUCCAAUGCAACCCACUGUGGAACCAAUGACCCACUUGCAGUAUCACUUUAAAGAGCACACAGAUCGAUUCUUGUAUUUGCAGUUCACAGACGAAGAUUUGAGCCUGGUGGCGCCUCAAGAAGACGAGGAGACAUCGCAAAACGCAAAGCUGUUUGAUCGCAUCUACAACAUCCUGCGUCGUGGAUUGAGAAUUGCAGGGAGAACCUACAAGUUUCUGGGCACCAGCAUGCAGGACCUGCGGGCACAUGGCUGCUGGUUUUUUGCAUCAACACCCCAAGUGAGUCGAAGCCAGAUCAUGGCUUGGCUGGGCGAUUUUUCAGAAAUCAAGUUUAUAUCGACCUUUAUCAAUUGUUCAGGACAGUCAUUGACGCCUCGGUUGAUGCAUGUACAGAUCAGAGGAGAAUACAUUGAGGAAGUGGAGGACUACAUAUAUAACCAACACAUUUUUACUACGGAAUGCGGCAAAAUGUCGCCACAGAUUGCCAGAGAAGUAGCCAAGCAGCUCGAGUUGGAUUACACGCCCUCCGUGAUCAAGUUUAAUCUUAACGGUGCCAGAGGCAUUCUCCUGUUGUCCAACUUUCUGACCAAACGCAGAAUUCAACUGAGAUCAAGCCAGAUUCACUUUGAAAGCACACAGCUCUCGCUGGAGGUUAUCAAGUAUUCCAAGCCCAACAAGCUCUAUCUGAACGAAAAGUCUAUUUUGCUGCUGUCAUCUCUUGGUGUCGAGAACUACAUCUUUCAUCAGUUGCUGGAUGAGAACAUGGACUAUUGUGAAAAGUACCCCAACAUGGAUAUGAUGGAUGUGCACUACUCAAAUGGACGCAUGGACCAUUUCAGACAGAUCCUUGACUGCAAGUUCCAAGACAGGCAUGAUCCGUUCAUAACCAAUCUCGUUUCUAGCUAUCAGAACCAUGUUCUCAGGUAUCUUCAGCAAUGCCAACUCUAUGUUCAUCAAGGUGUCAGGGUGUUUGCUGCCAUGGACGAGACAGGGACAUUGAAGCCAGGCGAAGUCUUUUUACAAAUCACGGAUCCAUCAGGUUUAGCGGCCAACAGAAAAGUCAUUGAGGGCCCUGUUGUUAUCUACAGAGACUCCUCCUGCUUUCCUGGUGAUGUGCGUGUCAUGGCUGCCAUCAACUACUCCCAGCUGAGACACUAUACUAAUGUUUUGAUCUUUUCGUCCAUUGACCACUGUGAUCUCCCUAGUUUGUGCUCGAAUGAUGACCCAGAUGAAGACAAUUUCAAUGUCAUUUGGGAUACGCGUCUUUUACCUGCCAAAUGCAAUGUGGCCGCACGAAGCUAUCAAACUGUAAUGACGCCUCAUCAAUCCAAGAAAAUCUCGUUCAGAGAAGCCGCCAAGUUCUUCACUACUUAUAUAGCUAGAGACAUGUCCAGAAAGCUGCAUGAAGCAUUUAUCGCCGUAGCAGAUCGACACAAGGACGGUGUUUUUAACGGCGAUUGCAUUUAUAUGUCUCUGCAAAUGUCGAGAGCUUUGGAUUUUGCUAAAACUGGCAUGUACGCCACCAUCAAGUAUGAUCUCAUGCAAUACCCAUACCCAGACUUCAUGAGACAGCGGCCUCUCAAAACAUACACAUCAUCCACACCAUUGGGAUCCCUCUAUCGCACCACCAAAAGCAUGUACGAAAGGCCGCUCUCCAACAGCCACUGCUAUUAUGACACCCGAUUGUAUGUGGAAGACAUGUACAAAUACAUUAUCGAGGCACGCAAGAUGAAAGCCAGGUACGACCACAGCUUGCGCAUCUUGCUUGGCCAGUAUUCAGUCAAGACAGAAAUUGAAUUCAUAUCAGGCCAUAUCAUUGAAUGGCCAAAGUACCUCAAUGAACAAUACCGCCCUCAAUUCUUGGAGCGCAUCAAGGCUGCUUAUAUCCGCUUCAGAGGAUAUUGGAAAAGAAUUUUUGAUUCACAAUGGGCCAGCGAUGCAGUUGACAAUGGACAGCCGCCCAGAGCCGAUACGAAGGAUCAAUCGGUUGAAAUUGAGGCAAAAGCAGCAGCUUGGUACUAUGUCACGUAUCAUCCAUCUGAAAUCAAGAGCGACAUGGUUUACAGCAAAACACUGCAGAGAUACAUGAGCUUUCCAUGGGUAGUCGAGAGCUAUCUCAUUUACAUUGCUCACAAAAACGACAGCAGACCCGAUAGUGCCGAGUACAGUCAACCCAUCCCGUUGGAAAAAAUUGAAAUUCAUGCCAGAUUGCAUCGAGGUCCUCAGGCUGGAAUCAUACUUGCAGAAUCAGACGAUGAAUCCGAUGAGGAUGAGACCAGUAGCGAGGAAGAAGAGAGCAAUACAGAGGAUCCAACAAGCGGCAGCCACCAGCACGCCAAUUCCUAUGGCCUCAAUUUACCCCGUCAUCCGCAGGAGCUUGAUCACCAUCACCAUAAUGAAGAAGCGGAUGAGGUUCCUGUAGUCAGUGUCAAACUUGCAAAUUUAUUGAAUUUAUAA